AUGCACGACAGGGGCGUCGCCCCCGACACCUUCCCAUACUCCACACUCCUCAUGGUGCUCACCCGCGCAGGCCACCUAGACCACACGCUCAGCUUCCUGCCACUCAUAGAGGACGACGCUGUGGCGCCCGACCUCGUCCUCUUCUCCAACCUCAUCCAUCUCGCCCUCGGCAGCGGUGACGCGUCCAAGGCACUCGCGCUCUUCUCCCGGCUGCUGGGCACAGGGAUCAAGCCCGACCUCAAGGCCUACAACAUCGCCGUUGCCGCUUACUGCAAAUCUGACUUGCUCCGCGAGGCCAAGCGGCUGCUGCUCCACGACAUGCCCGUUGAUGGCGUCACGCCCAACGCGGAGUCCUACUCCCCCAUCCUCGUCGCGUUGGCACGUCGGGGGCGGCACCUCACUUCCGUCUCGCUCUUCUCACACAUGCACGCUGUGAGCGUCAAGCCAGACGUCAUGGUGUUCAACAUCGUGCUCAAUGCGUACGGGUAG